UAUUAAAUUUAAUACAUGCCGCGUGGUGAAAACGGUAAUAAAAAUUUAUAACAUAAUUAUUAAAUUUAAUACAUGCCGCGUGAUGAAAUAUAUUAUAAUUGCAAUAGGGGUAUGACACUCGAAUAAGUGACUCGUACGUUUGUAUAUUGGAUACGCCCUAUUUAUGACACCUACUGAUUGAUCUUAUCUAUUACAGUAAUUGAUAAUAGACCCUAUUGGAUUAACACGUCUGUAAGUACCAAUUAAAGGUAAAGUGUGAUAAUCGUUAUAAUUGUAUACAACAACGGCUUAUGUUUGCACAUCUGGUGCGCUAUUUAUAACAUAAAUAUUGAUUGAUGUUGAUAAUAACACUAAUGCUAAUAGAGUGAGCAUGUCUUUAAUUACUAAUUAAAGGUAAAGUGUGACAAUCGUUAUUAUUGAAGACAAUAAAAAUAUCAAGUAUGGACAUGGUCGUACCAUAUUCGAUGAAAAAUGCCUGCGCCUCCGUGUUUAUUCUGUUUAAGGAGAAUAUACUCCAACUCAAGAGCGGUCACUUGUGACAAGUGCCAACGUUGGCAUCAUAUCCGAUGUGGAAACACCGGGAUAUCGGAAGAGGUAUAUGACGGAACGGUUCGUAAUCAGGAUGAACUGCGUUUCGUACGUAUGAGGUGUCGUCACUACGACACCUCUGAUGAUGACAUGGAUGUAGCUGAAGUCGCCCACGUACUGCGGGUGCCCGAUGCACCGACAGACAUUGAAGCAACUCGGGCUGCUCAUUUUCCGUCGGGUGUUGGAACCAAACGACCCAAACCUACCACCUGCUGCUCUAAUCAGUGAGCAGAAUCUGUGUAAACUCGCCAACAGGUGUCGCAAGAACAUGCGACCAACAGACCCAGUAUCGACAGAAUUUGAGAUCGAUGAGCAGUACCUGAGCGAUGCGCUCAACGACCCCUUCUACAGGGGAACGGUCACGGUAAAGGACCGCAGGCAUGUGAUUCUGGCGACGGACAAGCAGUUGGAGCUGCUGGCGAAAGCUAAGACCUGGUACUUGGACGGAACCUUCAAAAUCGUGAAGACGCCGAUAACGCAGCUGUUCUCAAUACAUGCAUUCGUGAAGUUUGAAGAUGUAGUUAAGCAGAUACCACUGUGCUUCGUUCUGAUGAGUGGUAGAAGACGAAGAGAUUAUAAAAAGGUGUUGCAGAAAGUGAACACUCUUCUCAGUGAACAGAACGUAACAACGUUCGUUGUUGACUUUGAGGCCGGUCUAUGGCAGGCUCUGCGCCAAGUGUACACGGACCCCGAUAUCAAGGGCUGUGCCUUCCACUUUGGCCAGGCAUUGUGGCGGAAGUGCCAGGAGAUUGGUCUCAGUACGGCGUGCGAGAGUAGAGAUCGAGUGUAUAAGUUGCAACGGAAGUUCUUCGCGCUCCCUCUUCUGCCACCAGCCGACAUUCGUCCCGAGUUCGGAAAAAUCAAGGAGAAAGGCCAAAGUGAACGACUAGCCCCCUUCUUCGCCUAUGUUGAAAACAGGUGGCUGACGAACAACAUAUGGGCAGUUGAAAACUGGUCGGUGUACGGAAGAUCCGUGAGGACGAACAACGAUGUCGAAGGCUGGCACAACCGCCUUAACCGGAGGGCGAAGAAAGGAAAUCUCACGUUCUACCUGCUAAUCACCCUGCUGUUUGACAAAGCGAAUGAAGUUCCUAUGCAGUGCAAACUCAUCAAGGAAAAGAAAUUGCAGCGGCAUCAGAGUCGGCAAACACGUGCCACACAAGGGCGUUUGUGCGCGGCUUGGGACCGGUACGGGAAAAAAGAAAAGUACGAGUGAGCUUCUGAAUGAGUGCUGUAGACUGUAUGGACCUGUGUAAAUGUGUACGUGUGUUUGUUUGUUUGCUAGUGUGAAUGAUUGAGUGAAAAUGUAUAUAUCUGUUUUUUUGAUUGUAUAUAAAAUAUAUUUGUUUGAGUGUAUGUAUGUAAUACAACUUUGUUAUUGUACAUUCGUUUGCUCACAUUUAAAAAAAAUUGCUAUAAAUGUUGUUUUUU